AUGAAUACAACUCAGAAAGAUUUUGAUGAACUUAAAUAUCUAUUCGUUAGCUACUUACUAAGUACGAUCAAGAACUUAAGGUCAGCAUCUCAAGCUUCGUCCUCUUACACGGCGAUCCGUGAUAAACCCUCAAAUCUUGUGGCAGUACUCGAGAGGAUGAGCAUCUCUUUGGCGAAGAAUUUCGACGAGUUCUUCACACAUCUACAAGAAAGGUAUCCUGUGGUUCGUUAUCUUUCUCAGGAAAACAGCGACCAUACAUGGUUGACCAGGCUUCCUGCACGCACCGUAGAGCAUGAAGAAUACAUUAGCUUGAACAAAAGCGUUGACUUCGUGCAAGUUCAAUCAGUAAAUAGAAUUGUUUGGGCCCAUUUGAAAGAGUUUGUAGAUGGAGUUUCAUGCACGUCUACGAUGACUGGUCCUGAAUACGGAAUCAAAUCCAUUAUUGAGCGACUAUGGCUAAAUUUUCACACAGCAAGUGUUUUUUGCGAAAUGCCGCCUGUAGACCUGCAAGCGAGUUGCUUCCUUUUGUUGCGUUCAUUCAUAUACUUUGAUGAUACACUGCAUGAUCUUCUUUCAACUAGGAGAAGUAUUUCCAGAGAGGUGCUUCAGCUUGUUCUCUGCAUACCAGAGCAGAACGCACUUGAUGGUGAUGCAACUCACGCUGAUUUUAUGGAAUUGGUUGAGCGUGCUACCGCUCAAGCAGUUACGAGAAGAGUUGCAGAUUGUAUCAGUAAGUUGAAGGCAGGUGCACAGCGGCUUUGCAAUUAUUUUCAAGACUUGCUCAAAAAGAAACUGUCGCUGAGAGAAAUUGGGAAACCCAUUUUUCUUCCAAAUUUUUACGUGUCGAGUACGUGGGCACUCCAGGCGAUUGAAAACCGAAAGAAUUUUUCUAUGUAUCAAGGUUUGAAUGAGAUUGUUUAUAAGCGGCUAUUGAAUGAGUUACUUUUGGCUAUUUCUGGUAUUUGUGUGGCAAGGGGUGAGGCACCGUACAUUUGCACAAGCCUUUCGAUGGUUGAGUUAGAGUUUAUCAAAUGCUCGGUGGAAGACCACCUCUCAACUUCAUUUAAUGUUAGGCCUAGUCUACACGAUAUUUACUCUACGAUCGUUUCAAUGCGAAGAGUUUUUGGUAGUUCGCACAUGGAUUUCUGCUUGGCUCUCAGCCACACGGUGGAGGCGUCGCAUGCAAACUUUCCGAAGCUGUAUUAUGAUCCAGCAAGGACUCCGAAACUAACAGAACGAAGCACCAUUAUCCAUGACGCGCUUGAGUAUUUGGAAAGGGAGGUGCUAGCAUGCGACACGUUUUUUUCCGAGUGGGGGAGCGACAUUUUAGUGUCCUUUUAUUUCUUUUCGAUUAAUGCACAGGGUAGAACAAGAGAGUAUUGUUUGCAGGCAACUAAACGUGUUGCUACACAUUGGUUACAAAUGCACAAAACAUUCGAUGCUUCAAUGUUACCUGAAGAUAUUCUGUACUCAAACGAAGCUUUGUACGCUCUGAAAAGAAUGUCAUUCGAUAUUGGGGGACUUGAAAAUUGUAUAAGAUCUGCUGCACCUCGAUGGCACUUAUAUGACUACAUAGGCAUUAGUAAGACGACUCCAUUGUCCUAUGAUCUGCUCAAUUCAGUCAUGAUUUGGUCUUUCUUCUUUCGCGGAACAGAGAUGAAGGUUGAAGGCAUAUGUGAAGAGGCCGUUGAAAACAUGUGCACUACAUCAGUUGAGUCGUUGGAACGUGAGUCACAACUUACAUCAUUGAAAGCAUUUCAAGAGAAGUGCUAUUUCGUAACACACAGAAUAUUCACAAACACGUCGUGGUGCACCAUAAAACCAAAGUUGACGUCCUAUGACAUCGAGCGGAGGUUUCUUAUGUAUUACUUACCAUACUUACAAGAAGCACAAGAUAUUGAACUUGUUGGCGAGUUUGUUCAAACUUUGAAAUGUCUUGGGCAUUCAGAGAAUGAAAUCAUUAUUCAACGAGCGAUUGAGUAUCUAUUAUCAUGCCGACAUGAAAGCGGAGCAUGGGGGGUAGAAGACCAAUUCGCACGUGCAUACCAUACCACCGUCUGUGCCAUAGGCGCGAUCAUAGACUCGUAG